CCAGCGGAUGGAUGCGCGGGCGGUGCGGCGCGCUCAUUUCGCGCGGGCGUUGCUGGCUGGGGGCGGUGCAGCCACUGGCCCAGGACCGAGGACUGGACCCGGGGCGGCUGGCAGUGUGGGCGGCGCCCAGGGCUGGGAUGCGCCGGGGACUCCGUGGCGGUGGUGUUGGCGGCGGCAACAGCGGUUGCGGGCGGACGAGGUAGCGCCGCGGAGCGGGGAGCUAGACAAGCCCGGCCGGCAAGCGGAGGCGGCGGAGGCACAGCGGCGGCUGCAGCGGGAGCCCGAUCACCGCACGCCCACCAUGGCCGCCCAGGGCGAGCCCGGCUACCUGGCGGCGCAGUCGGACCCCGGUUCCAACAGCGAACGCAGUACCGACUCGCCCAUGCCUGGCUCAGAGGACGACCUUGUCGCCGGGGCGCCCCUGCACAGCCCAGAGUGGAGCGAGGAGCGCUUCCGCGUGGACAGGAAGAAACUUGAGGCCAUGUUACAAGCUGCUGCUGAAGGAAAAGGCAAAAGUGGGGAAGACUUUUUUCAAAAGAUCAUGGAGGAAACAAAUACACAGAUUGCUUGGCCAUCAAAGCUGAAGAUCGGAGCCAAAUCUAAGAAAGAUCCCCACAUUAAGGUUUCUGGAAAGAAAGAAGAUGUUAAAGAAGCCAAGGAAAUGAUCAUGUCUGUCUUAGACACAAAAAGCAAUCGGGUCACUUUGAAGAUGGAUGUGUCACAUACAGAACAUUCUCAUGUAAUCGGCAAAGGUGGCAACAAUAUUAAAAAAGUGAUGGAAGAGACAGGAUGUCACAUCCACUUUCCAGAUUCCAACAGGAAUAACCAAGCAGAGAAAAGCAACCAGGUUUCUAUAGCAGGGCAGCCGGCAGGAGUAGAGUCUGCUCGAGUUAGAAUUCGGGAGCUGCUUCCUUUGGUGCUGAUGUUUGAGCUACCGAUUGCUGGAAUUCUUCAGCCUGUCCCGGAUCCCAAUUCCCCCUCCAUCCAGCACAUAUCCCAAACCUACAACAUUUCAGUGUCCUUUAAGCAGCGUUCUCGAAUGUAUGGUGCUACCGUCAUAGUGCGAGGGUCCCAGAACAACACUAGUGCCGUGAAGGAGGGAACUGCCAUGCUGCUGGAACAUCUCGCAGGGAGCUUGGCGUCUGCUAUUCCCGUGAGCACACAGCUAGAUAUCGCAGCUCAGCAUCAUCUCUUUAUGAUGGGUCGAAAUGGAAGUAACAUCAAACAUAUCAUGCAGAGAACAGGUGCUCAGAUCCACUUUCCUGAUCCUAGUAAUCCACAAAAGAAAUCCACCGUCUACCUCCAGGGCACCAUUGAGUCUGUCUGUCUUGCAAGGCAAUAUCUCAUGGGCUGUCUUCCUCUUGUGCUUAUGUUUGAUAUGAAGGAAGAAAUUGAUGUCGAUCCACAAUUUAUUGCUCAGUUGAUGGAACAGCUGGAUGUCUUCGUUAGUAUCAAACCAAAGCCGAAACAGCCGAGCAAGUCUGUGAUUGUGAAAAGUGUUGAACGAAAUGCCUUAAAUAUGUAUGAAGCAAGGAAAUGUCUCCUCGGACUUGAAAGCAGUGGGGUUACCAUAGCAACCAGUCCUUCCCCAGCAUCGUGCCCUGCCGGCCUGGCAUGUCCCAGCCUGGAUAUCUUAGCCUCAGCAGGCCUCGGACUCACUGGACUAGGUCUUUUGGGCCCCACCACCUUAUCUCUGAACACUUCGACAACCCCGAACUCACUCCUGAAUGCUCUUAAUAGCUCAGUCAGUCCUUUGCAAAGUCCGAGUUCUGGCACUCCAAGUCCCACGUUAUGGGCACCCCCACUUGCUAAUACUUCAAGUGCCACAGGCUUUUCUGCUGCUCCACACCUGAUGAUUCCGUCUACUGCCCAAGCCACGUUAACCAACAUUUUGUUGUCUGGAGUACCUGCCUACGGGCACACAGCUCCAUCUCCCCCUCCCGGCUUGACUCCUGUCGAUGUCCAUAUCAGCAGUAUGCAGACAGAAGGCAAGAAAAUCUCUGCUUCUUUAAACGGACACGCACAGUCUCCAAAUAUAAAAUAUGGUGUGAUAUCCACUUCCUCACUUGGAGAAAAAGUGCUGAGUGCGAACCACGGUGAUCCGUCCAGACAAACGAGUGGAUCUGAGCAGGCAUCUCCCAAACCAAACCCCGCAGAAGGUUGCAAUGAUGCUUUUGUUGAAGUAGGCAUGCCUCGAAGCCCUUCCCAUUCUGGGAAUGCUGGUGACUUGAAACAGAUGCUGGGUCCCUCCAAAGUUUCCUGUGCCAAGAGGCAGACAGUAGAACUAUUGCAAGGCACCAAAAACUCCCACUUACACAGCACUGACAGGUUGCUCUCAGACCCUGAACUGAGUGCUGCCGAAAGCCCUUUGACUGACAAGAAGGCUCCGGGGAGUGAACGUGCUGCAGAGAGGGCCGCAGCUGCUCAGCAAAACUCCGAAAGGGCCCGCCUGGCCUCACGGCCAUCGUUUGUCAACAUGCAGGCAUUUGACUAUGAACAAAAGAAGCUGUUAGCAACCAAAGCUAUGUUAAAGAAACCAGUGGUGACAGAGGUCAGAACACCUACAAAUACCUGGAGUGGCCUUGGGUUUUCUAAAUCCAUGCCUGCGGAAACUAUCAAGGAGCUGAGAAGGGCCAACCACGUGUCCUACAAGCCUACAAUGACAACCACUUUCGAGGGCUCAUCAAUGUCCCUCUCGAGGUCCAACAGUCGCGAGCACUUGGGAAGUGGGAGUGAUUCUGACAACUGGAGAGACCGAAAUGGAAUAGGAUCCACAAGUCAUGGUGAAUUUGCUGCUUCUAUUGGCAGCCCCAAGCGCAAACAAAACAAAUCAACGGAACACUAUCUCAGCAGUAGCAAUUACAUGGACUGCAUUUCCUCGCUGACAGGAAGCAAUGGCUGUAACCUAAACAGCUCUUUCAAAGGCUCCGACCUUCCUGAGCUCUUCAGCAAACUGGGUCUGGGCAAAUACACAGACGUCUUCCAGCAACAAGAGAUCGACCUGCAGACAUUCCUCACUCUCACAGAUCAGGAUCUGAAGGAGCUGGGAAUUACUACUUUCGGUGCCAGGAGGAAAAUGCUGCUCGCAAUCUCAGAACUAAAUAAAAACCGAAGAAAGCUUUUUGAACCGCCAAACGCACGCACCACUUUCCUGGAAGGCGGGGCCAGUGGGAGGCUGCCCCGGCAGUACCACUCGGACAUCGCUAGUGUCAGUGGCCGCUGGUAGCAGCGGCACUUUCCAGGCGCACACCUGCCAACUCCCUUGUCACGUUGGACGCAGGAAAUCUGUGAAUGGCCUUCGCUGCACCCCGUCCUUAGCACUCUGGUGUCUGGUAUCAGGACCAAAGCAUCUUAUUCACACCUGAAUUUUGUGCCCAAAAGGAAGAAAAGAGAAGAUGUUUUUAUGCCAUCAUACAGAUCACCACACACGGAUUACUUUUUUUAUAAAAUGGUAAUUGGACAGAAUUUGCAAUAUGGGGGUAGGGCUUUAUUUCCUGUUUUUAUUGACCUAUAUAAUAACAUAUGCACUGAUUUUUUUUUACCUAAAAUGAAGGAUGAUUUGACAUCUGGGAUGCCAGAAAACAUUGAAGUUAUUGUUUGCUUGUUUUGGUAUUUGGGGAUUUUUUUUUAAAUAAUCAAAAUGGAAUUUUCUGGUACUGCUUUAAAAUGAGUAUUGAUGUCUUUCAGCACUUUACACUUUCUGACUUCUUGUCCUGUGGAAAUUAUCUCUUUCUCUCAUUUUUAUGUUACCUGAUGUAAUGGUACAGAUCAGAGUUAGUCUCAUUUUUCUGACUGCGUUAAAUCUUUAUUUGAAAUGGUACUGGAUUAUUAGUUUUUGUGCAGAAUGUUCUGGACCAGUUCUGUUCAUUUAUGUCAGCAUCCUAGAAACAAUUAGCAGUGAACCUAGUUCACAGUAACAGAUGCAAAGGAAGACCAAAUGGACUUUGCAAUAUUAACCCUUUGCAGUUAUCAUAUUUAGCUGCUGCCUAUAUUGCUAAAAAUGAUUUUCAUGGUUGUCUAAAGGCAAAGGGCUAUUUUUAGUAUACUGGCACUAAAGGACACUUAUUUAUAUCAAACUUUUUAUUUUUAGAUACUAUAAGCAUACAGUACAUUGAUUAAAUUGAUAUCUACUAGAGAUUUAUGGUAGAGAAUGGACGGCAUUCAAUAACUGACUGGAGCCCUAGAUCGUCACUUUAUUUAAAAAAGACAAAUAAUCAUCUGACAAGACUGCACCGUUGCCAUUAGGAAGAAAAGUAGAUUACUGUUCUUAUCAUGUACGAUUAGCUGCGUUCCACACGAUCAGAGGGCUGCCCUCAAACCAUGCGUGUCUGCUUGAAGUAGACUCGUGUUUGUUGAGAACAGAAAGGCUUUAUUUCAGUCUCUAGGGUGACAGUUUAUGAAGACAGCAGAGUUCUGAAGUAGGGGGAAAAGGACUAUUUUCUAAGUGGCUAGACUCAUGGUUAAAAUCUUAUACUGUGAAAGUUCAAGUAAUCGGGCUACAUUGUUUCCUAGGUCUUUUCAGACAUCUUCUUGUGGAUUUAUGAAGGGUUUCCAAUUUAUGAAGAAAAUCACUAAGUGCCUCUCUUUCUUCAAAGCAAUCUUAUUUCCAAAUGUAUUAAUUUGUUGGAAAACUUUCCCAUAGGAAAUGUUGUGAAUUACUUGUACUGUAAUGACUUAUUUAUGCUCAUUCUUUAAGACUUUUUACAUGGACAUAAACCACUGUUGCAUGCUCUUAGCAGAAGGCAUUCGGUAAGCAUACAUAACAACUGGGGACUUUCAUACAAAUGCCAAAUCAGAAACACCUGCCUGACAUUUUUCCAUGGCUAAGUCUUACCGUGAAAGAACAAGAACGGAAAAGAAAUUUUGCACACAUAAAAAUUUUCACUUUAAAAAAUUGUAUUGGUUACUUUGAAGGCAUAGAUAAUGGCCCUGUCAUAAAAUGAUCAAUUAUAAUGGCACUAAGCAGAUAUCCAUUCCUAAACUGUAUCUGCUUUUAAGGAUGUAGAACUAAAUUUGUCCCUUUGCAAGUGCAGCGGGGUCACCCUGUGCACAUCACAUGCACCCUCCUCACGUGGAGCUCCCCAUCCUGUGUGGCUGCUGCACCGACACAUCGUGCUACCCGUGCAGCACAGGAAUUCUGGGUCGGCUUUCCGUUCAGCUACUCAGUUCUCUAAAAUUUAUUGUUUCUUUACUAAGACUUUCCCAAAUAAAAGUCAUUUGGAGCUCUUUUCCCAGCUGUCUAUCAAGCAUUUGAAACACAAGGGAGAUGGAAUGAAUUUGCAGUAUUAACGGAGGUUUUAUGAACAGUGCUUUACGCCAAAGGGAAAAUUGUCCCAAUUAAACUAGAUUAAAUAGGAUGUUCAAAAGUAAAAAAAAAAACAAAACAAAAAAAACACUGGAAAUUACUUUUUUCACUUUCUGUUGAGGCAAGGAAGGGAAUAUGACACUACAGUAUACAGCGUUGUCAGCGUUAUAUGAUGCACAAAAUAUUUGGAUUAUUUGAAUAAAUGGUAGUUUUUAAUCAAUCUGUGCCUUAAUAGUGACCAAUUAUCUGUAAAUAUAGAACAGAUGCAGAUUGUAUUUUUGUGUGGGUUUUUGUCCUUUUAGUAAUUUUUUAAAGAAAGAUGGAAUUAAACAUUGAAAAUGGGAAUUUUUCUAAACUAAUCAAUUGUUAUAUGAAAAAUAAAUUUAUAUAACCCCUUUGUAUUGCCCUUGCUAGAUGAAAUGCCUUUUUUGAAAAAAAAAAAAAUUACACAAAUUCUAUACCUGU